AUGCCACUCUCGUUUGAUUGGCCAUUUCCAGAAAAGCCAUCAAUAUUAUAUAAGGCAGUUUCAACUAUAACCAUUGGACUUGUUGGAUCGUUUAGCAAAUUUUGGAUGAAAUAUGUUUCAUCAGUGCGAAUUGAAAAUGGUGAGUUUCUUCUAAAUGCUGUAUUAAAUCGGCAUCCAGAUCGACCAUUGAUUACUGUAGCUAAUCAUCAUUCUUGUAUGGAUGACCCAUUGUUGAUCGCAGCUACAAUACCACUUCGUAUUUUUUGGACCCGUCAUCGAAUGCGUUGGGCUUUGGGUGCUGAUGAUAUUGUAUUUACAAUGAAAAAACAUCAAAUCUUUUUCAGUUUGGGUAAAACAAUACCGGUGACAAGAGGUGAUGGUGUUUAUCAACGACCUAUGAACUUUGCUCUCGAACAACUUAAUCAAGGUGGAUGGAUACAUAUCUUUUCUGAAGGAAAAGUCAAUCUAACAAAGGAACCUAUGAGACUUAAAUGGGGUGUUGGUCGACUUGUUGCCGAAGCUGAUGUUUGUCCAUUGGUUGUUCCAUUGUAUCAUAUUGGAAUGGAUGAUGUUCUGCCGAAUGUAGAACCUUAUGUUCCUCAAGUAGGAAAAAAAGUAAGCAUUUAUGUUGGUGAACCAUUAAUGUUCGAUGGACUUGUAGAAGAAAUGAAAAAAGACAAACGAUCAUUGCAAGAAAUACGUAAAGCCGUAACUGAUAUAAUUCAAAAUGAAUUAUAUAAACUUAAAGUAAAAUGUGAAGAACUACAUCGACAACAUCGAGGCAGUGAUUCUUCUUCGUGA